UCUCUCUUUCUGUGUCUCUCCUCCCGAGUUGUCUUACAUCAGCUCACUGUGCCUGGAUAUGAGGUCUAAGUGAGUGUAGAGAGAAAGAAACAGCCUGGAUUUUACUUUCUCACUGGUUGGAAUUAACAUCUCACUGGACAAAUGGUUUAAGAGUAGCAGGAUUCAAACAGAAUGAAGGCCAGGUCUCAAUUUGAGAUGAACCACCUUUGGAAGAUCAUCUUUCCCCUAUCACUUCUUCUGUACCUCUCAGGGAAUGUAAAGUCCCAAGUAAAUCCAAGUGUGUGUCGAUCCCCUCUAGGGAUGUCCGGAAGGCAGAUCUUAGACGAAGACAUUUCAGCGUCCAGUCAAUGGUCUGAUUCAACAGCAGCAAAAUAUAGCAGACUGGACUCAGAGGAAGGAGAUGGUGCUUGGUGUCCAGAAAGCACAGUCGAACCAGAGAACAUGAAUGAGUUCCUGCAGAUUGACCUUCGCUCUCUGCACUUCAUCACCCUAGUGGGCACUCAGGGGCGACAUGCAGGGGGUAUCGGGAAUGAGUUCGCCCAGACCUACAAGAUCAAGUACAGUCGCGAUGGCAGCCGCUGGAUCUCCUGGCGCAACCGGCAAGGAAAGGAGGUAAUUGAGGGCAACAGGAAUGCCUAUGACAUUGUGCUCAAGGACCUGGAGCCGCCCAUCAUUGCACGUUUCGUGCGCUUCAUGCCUGUCAUUGACCACUCCAUGAACGUGUGUAUGCGUGUAGAGCUCUAUGGCUGCGAGUGGCUAGAUGGUUUGGUGUCGUACAACGCUCCCCUAGGCCAGAUGAUGAUCCUCCACGAUCAGGUUUACCUCAAUGACUCUGUGUAUGACGGUGCCAUAAUUUACAGUAUGACAGAAGGUUUGGGUCAGUUGACGGAUGGUAUGUGUGGUCUGGACGAUUUCACUCUCAGCCAUGUUUACAAUGUGUGGCCUGGCUAUGACUACGUGGGCUGGACCAACGAGAGCUUCCCCAAUGGAUAUGUCGAGAUCAUGUUUGAGUUCGACCGUACACGCAACUUCACCACUAUGAAGGUGCACUGCAACAACAUGUUCUCUCAAAGAGUGAAGGUCUUCCAGAAAGUGGUGUGUUAUUUCCGUUCAGACUCGGACUGGGAGCCGACCCCCGUGUCUUUCAGUCCGGUGAUGGACGAUGGGAACCCCAGCGCUCGCUUCGUUACCGUCUCCCUCAAUAACCAUAUGGCUAGUGCCAUCAAGUGUCAAUAUUACUUCUCUGACAUGUGGAUGAUGUUCAGUGAGAUCACUUUCCAGUCAGACACAGCAAUGUACAACACAAGUUUACCCCCCAAGACCGGUGCUCCACCCAACACCCCAACAGGGGAAAACCCUGUUCACAAAGUAGAUGACAGCAACACUCGAAUUCUCAUUGGCUGUUUGGUGGCCAUCAUCUUCAUCUUGGUGGCCAUCAUCAUCAUCAUACUCUGGAGGCAGGUCUGGCAGAAGGUGUUGGAGAAGGUCUCUCGGAGGAUGCUCGACGACGAGCUAACUGCUAGUCUGUCGAUCCAGAGUGAGGCCUUCAGCUGUAACAACAACCUGACCUCCUCAGCAGCCAGCGAGCAGGAGUCCAGCUCCGCCUAUGAGCGCAUCUUCCCGCUUGGAGCAGAUUACCAGGAGCCCUCACGCCUCGUCCGCAAGCUGCCCGAUGUCUCCCAGGUCUCAGAGGACACUGCAUCCAAGUCCACUCAGUCCAGCAGUCAAGAAGCUCCCCAUUACGCCGAGGCUGACAUCGUUAAUCUGCAAGGAGUAACAGGGGGAAACACCUACGCCGUGCCAGCUGUCACCAUGGACCUGCUGUCAGGAAAGGACAUCCCUAUAGAAGAAUUUCCCCGAAAACUGCUCACGUUUAAGGAGAAGCUUGGAGAGGGCCAGUUCGGAGAGGUGCAUCUUUGUGAAGCAGAAGACAUGGAGGAGUUCAUGGAUAAAGACUUCUCAUAUGAUGUCAGUGAGAAUCAAACAGUGCUUGUGGCUGUAAAAAUGUUAAGAGCUGAUGCAAAUAAAAAUGCCAGAAAUGACUUUUUGAAAGAGAUCAAAAUAAUGUCACGAUUGAAAGAUCCCAAUAUCAUCCGGCUGCUGGGGGUGUGCAUGAGCUCCGACCCCCUGUGCAUGAUCACUGAGUACAUGGAGAACGGGGAUCUCAACCAGUUCCUGUCCCGUCACGAGCCCGAGGGCAUGAUCGCCCUUCUCAGCAACGCACCAACAGUCAGUUACAGUAACCUGCAGCACAUGGCCGCUCAGAUUGCCUCGGGCAUGAAGUACCUCUCAUCACUGAACUUUGUGCACCGAGACCUCGCCACUCGCAACUGCCUGGUGGGAAAGAACUACACCAUCAAGAUUGCUGACUUUGGCAUGAGCAGGAACCUGUACAGCGGAGAUUACUACCGUAUCCAGGGCCGAGCGGUGCUGCCUAUCCGCUGGAUGUCCUGGGAGAGCAUCCUCCUGGGUAAAUUCACCACCGCCAGUGAUGUUUGGGCGUUCGGUGUGACGCUUUGGGAGACACUGACAUUCUGCAAGGAGCAGCCGUACUCCCAGCUCUCAGAUGAGCAGGUCAUCGAAAACACCGGAGAGUUCUUCCGGGACCAGAGGCGACAGAUCUACUUGCCGCAGCCGCCCAUGUGUCCCGACCCCAUCUACAAGCUCAUGUUGAGCUGCUGGCACAGGAACGCCAAAGAGAGACCGUCUUUUCAGGAGAUCUUUCGAAUACUGCUGGAGAAUACACCUUAAUGUCUGCUCCUGUGUCAGAGACGCUUUCGUGUGCCAGCAGGAUAGACAAACCGUGCACACACACACACACACACACACACACGCUUUAGAAAGGUACCCAGUUGAGUAAAGCCAACAGGGAUUUUAUAUAUACAGUCAUAUUUAAUCCACCUAGGAGUGGGACAAGGUAAACGAUUAUAAAGCUAAAAUGUAGCAGUGAGUUCAGGCACUUUUGAUAAAGAAAAAUGAUUUCAUAUUUGUAAAGAUUUUUUAUUAUUUUUUGGUAUUUGUUUAUUUCUUACUCAAAAACAAAAACAAAAAAACGCUUGAACCAAUAGUCAUUAAAUUAAAAUUAAAAUAAAAAAAAUAAAUAAAAAAUUAAAAUCAUCAAAUAAAAAAUGUUAAGUAAAUUUUUUGACACAAGAACAUGUUUAAUUUUUUUUUCUAGUAUGUUAAAUCAGCAGACAGCUUGAAUGUAAAUAAGAAUUUGGAUUUCUUUCUUAAUGAAGUUAGACUUUUCAUUUUUUUUUUUUUUUGUCACAUUAAUGUU